AAAUUUAGAAAAGGGAGAAGAUUCCAGUAGACCAAUCUCUACCAGCUUGCCGCUCUCUCGUCGGCUCUGGAUUUUGAAAUCCAAGUACCUGAAACAAGAAUUGUUCCUCCCUGAAAUUUACAGUAGUCUUUAGUCGUUGUGGUCUGGCUCUGUGGCCCUCGAUUUGGGCUCGGAAAUGGAAGCCAAAGCUUUCGCAGCAGACAAGUUUAAAGCUCUGACGAAAUCCACCCAGGACUUCUUCGACAGUCUCAUCCAUGGGCCUCCUAAACCUCCACCUCGCCGCAAUAAUCCGAUUGCUAUAUUGAAGCGGUUGCAACGAGAAGCGUUUUCGGACUUGAUGAAAUUGAGGGAUAGACAGGAUAAAGUUGAGAAAAUUGUGUCCUUGUAUGGGACUUCAGGAGGAAAAGGGAGUCCUUUCCAGGAGGCCAACACCCUUAUCGGGGGAGAGUUUGAUCACUUGGCGGCGUUAUCAUUCAUGCAUAAUGAUGAUGAGUCUCAUCAAGAAUCCGAGGCUCUUAGUCAGGCAGGAAUAUUAACUGGGAUUAAGUCAAGGUUCAGUGUUGAAACAACUGUUCGAGAAAAUGAUACGCUUGUGGCGGAGUUUGUGGCCAGAGAAAAACACAAAAAUGAUCUCUCUGAUCUUUCAGAAUGCUCGCUUUCUCUAGCAAAAGUGGCAUAUACAGCAAAUGUUAGUGAUUGGUUAUCUGCAAUUGCAAUCCCAGUGGGAGCUCAAUGCAGGGAUGUUGCAGUUCUUACACAUCCUUCUCAUCAGGGAAAGGGCCUAACUCAUUUUUCAUCAUUUGGACCACCUCUUUUAAAUGAGCGUAAUGGUAGUGCAAUUGGCUUGAUGGUAAAAAAAUCAAAUGUUGUUGCUUCAUUGGCACAGUUUGUUUCUGGACAAGUAGGUUCUAGUAGAGUCGGGCGCUGCUUCAGCACUUUUGGGCAAGUUGUCUGUCAACUCCCUGCAAGAACAAAGCUCUCACUUCUGGGUCUUCACCAAGUGCCUAAAUUAUCUAGUGAACAUGUCAAUCAUGCAGCUUCUAACUUUGGAUUAGGCGAUUUGAUACAACAUCUAUCCCCUGAGACAACAGUUGAAGCAUAUACUCCACCCCUGGGAACAAGCUCACAGGAAAAUGUGUCAACUGGACCAACUGGAUCCAUCGCUCUGAUGCUGGAAUCCGAAAUUGAUGAGAUUACAAAGAUUGGAGGUUGGAUUGAGAUGAAGCAAUCGAAUCCCAAGAAUUUAGAAUGGGCUGUUACUGUAUCUGAUGACUCUGAAGAUUCCUUUGGAUGGGGAGUGAGUUUAAAUGGUGGACUGGGAGUCGAAGGCCCUCAAAGUUGGAACCAUUUCCAGGUUGAAUCCUACUUGAAACUUAACUUGGGUAAGAGACUGAGUGUAAAGCCAGGUAUCACAACACAUCUAGUGGAUGGCAAACCCAGAAUGACUGCUCUGAUGCUUCGAUCUAACUGGUUCCUCUGAGCGAUCAGAGUCUCAUUUUUGGUGCUAAUUACUGGAACUAAUUGAUCCAAGGGUUCCAGCACAUUUAUCUUUUUCCGGCACAUCAAAUUCGGAAUAGUACUUGGCUUCUUAUGUUCAGAUGUUUUGUAUAAUGUAAGUUCGACUGUAGUGUAGUGAGCAUUUCUUCCUCUUCUGUACCAAGUAUGUGUUAUUAUUAGUGGUGAUCGUUUUCAUGCAGAAUGACAUUUUUGGAUGAGAAACUCGUGCCAUUAGUGAAUGCAUUGUUUUCCGAUGAAAUAAACCUCAAAA